AUGAAAACCAGCUGGUACAUUUUCUUGUGUUGCCUAUCUUUCGCAAUGGCGCUGAAUCUGACAGCCAAGCGGCCUUUGAGAUGCAUCAUGUACUACACCGGUCAACAUCCAGUCACGCCUCCAAUCGAUCAAUUAAAGCACGUUACCCAUGUUGCUGUUGCCUUCAUGAGUCCCGGGGUCUUCAACGAGCCGGGCCGGAUGGAUUGGCCCUUGUGGACCACGGUGGAAGAUGUCAGGAAGAAAUUCCCCAAGGAGGCAAAGGUGCUGAUCGCAAUUGGCGGUUGGGGCGAUACCAUCGGCUUUUCAGUGGCCGCUCUCUCAGACGAGACACGGAAAACAUUUGCUGAGAAUGUGGCAAGCAUGGUGAGGGUGACUGGGGCUGAUGGUGUCGAUAUCGAUUGGGAAUAUCCAGGAGGCAACGGUGAAGAUUACAAACAGGUUCCCAACACAUCGAAAUCCUGGGAAAUUCAGGCCUAUCCCCUUCUCCUUGCCGAAUUGCGAGCUGCCUUGGGACCAAACGUCAUCAUCUCGGCAGCUGUACCGGGCCUCGAACGCGACAUGCUUGCUUUCACCAGAGAAACCGUCCCUAGAAUCAUGAGGCACCUUGACUUCCUGAAUGUCAUGACUUAUGAUCUGAUGAACCGUCGUGACACCGUGACGAAGCACCACACCGGCAUAGACCUCAGUCUCGAGGCUCUCGACGCCUACAUCGCAGCCGGAGCCGCACCCCAGGAGCUCAACCUGGGCUUUGCGUUUUACGUGAAGUAUUUCCGCACCCUACACGAAAAGUGUCUGGAUGAUCCGAUUGGGUGUCCUACCGUCCUUCUUGAGGAUCCGUCAACCGGCGCGGAUCUUGGACAGGCGGGGGCAUUUUCAUGGCACGAUGCUGUGCCUGAGGAUGUGGCAAAUUCCUUUACAAGGGCGAUCGGUAAGGGGAGGUAUGAUGAGAAACAGGGAGGGUAUUACUACUGGGAUGAAGAGGAGGAUAUUUGGUGGACCUUCGACACGGCCGAGGCCAUCAAGAGGAAGCUUCCAGUUCUCGUGGACAAGAAGAGACUCGGAGGAGUGUUUGCUUGGGGCCUAGGAGAGGAUGCGCCUGUUUACGAGCGCUUGGCGGCCGUCAAUGAGGAGUUGGAUAAACGAUUGGAAAUCAAGGAUGAGCUUUAA